AUGCAGGCUUUGAUAUUUGCUGUAAAGGAGAUCAACUCAGAUCCCAAUCUCCUUUCCAACAUCACACUGGGCUUCCAGGUUUUCGACACCUGCCUGACAUUAAGGAAAGCGAUACAAGCCACUCUUCAGAUUAUGUCAGGCAGAAAGGAAAUCACCCCAAAUUACCACUGCUACAAAGAUUCCCCCCUUGCAGCGAUCAUUGGUGACUCUGAGAGUACUGGAUCAAUUCUUAUGGCACAGAUUUUGGGACUGAAAAGAUUUCCUCAGAUUAGUUAUUUUGCCACAAACCCUAUGCUCAGCGAUCGUGGCUUGUUUCCAUCCUUUCUACGCACCAUACCUAGUGAUGAAUUUCAAAUGAAUGGUUUAGCCCAGCUGGUGUUACAUUUUGGUUGGUCUUGGGUUGGUGUCUUGGCCAGUGAUAAUGAUUAUGGUCAGUACGGGCUUCAGAUGGUAAAGCAAGAAAUAAUACAUGGGGGUGCCUGUGUGGCCUUUUCUGAAAAUAUUUUGACAGCUCAGCCAAAUAGGAAUGCUCCUCAUCUUGUCCAAAUCAUUGCAAAGUCAACUGCAAACGUUGUUAUUGUGAUUACCUCUGAUGUUGAUUUUGUGAUUGUACUGGAAGAAAUAUUGCGGCAGAAUGUAACCGGCAUCACCUGGGUGGCCAGUGAAGCUCUGGCAACUUCAGAUUUACUCUCCAAGGAACGAUUCAGAGAGAUAUUACUGGGAACCAUUGGUUUGGCCAUCCAUAGUGGGAAUUUACCAGAGUUCAGCAAGUAUCUUAACAGCCUUCAUCCAGUAGAACACCAUCAUGAUUUAUUUAUAAGAGAAUUUUGGGAGACUAUCUUCUCCUGUUAUUGGCCAUAUCAGAACACUUUAGUUACACUGCUAAACAGUUCUACAGUGCAAACAUGUACAGGAAAGGAGAAGCUGGAAAGUCUACCGACUGAUAAAGGGCACAGGGUAUCUCUCAAUGUAUACACUGCUGUUUAUGCCAUUGCAUGGGCUCUACAGAAUUUGCUUACGUGUAAACCUGGAACUGGUCCAUUUGCUGAUGGUUCCUGUGCCUCCAUCUCUACAUUUCAACCUUGGCAGAUUCCUCUUUCCAAAUGUAGCCCAAGUUGUUCUCCUGGAUUUAGACAGAUGAUAGUUCCUGGAGAACCUCUUUGUUGCUAUGACUGUGCUCGGUGUCCCCAGGGACAUAUUUCAAACCAAACAGAUGCUGUGGAAUGUCAUCCAUGUUCUUGGGACACAUGGCCUGAUCUACAUCGAAUAAAAUGUGUGCCGAAAACUACAGAAUUCCUUUCCUUUGAAGAACCUUUGGGUUAUGGCUUAACAAGCACUGUCAUGAUUUCUUCUCCAAUACCACUUUUUAUUUUGGGAAUUUUUAUUUGUUACAAAAAAACACCAAUAAUCCGAGCCAACAACUAUUCCCUUAGUUGUCUUCUCCUGCUUUCCCUGUUCCUCUGUUUUCUUUGCUCUUUAGGUUUCAUUGGUUACCCACAGCCUGAAAUGUGUCUUCUGCACCAGGUGUCAUUUGGGAUGGUUUUUUCUCUCUGCAUCUCCUGUAUUCUGGCCAAAACCAUUACUGUUAUCAUUGCCUUUAAAGCAACCAAACCUGGAAGUGGGUUAAGAAAAUGGACAGGGGUAAAUGUGUCCUACUAUGUCAUUGGAUUUUGUAUCCUUAUUCAAUUAUUUCUGUGUGUGAUAUGGCUGAUAUUUUCUCCCCCCUUCCCUGAAUAUGACACGGAUACCAAACCUGGAAUCAUCAUUGUGGUUUGCAAUGAAGGGUCACCAACAGCUUUCUGGUGCAUGCUGGGAUAUCUUGGUGUCUUGGCCGUGAUUAGCUUUAUUGUUGCUUUUCUGGCCAGACGACUCCCUGACAGUUACAAUGAAGCCAAAUUUAUCACAUUCAGUAUGUUGGCUUUCCUCAGUGUCUGGGUGUCCUUUAUCCCAGCCUAUCUCAGUGCACGGGGCAUGUAUACUGUGGCAAUGGAGGUCUUUGCCAUUCUGUCUUCCAGCUGGGCUUUGGUGGUUUGUAUCUUUGUGCCAAAAUGUUAUAUUGUAUUGUUCAAACCCAAUGUAAACUCAAGAAAACAUCUCCUUGGAAAAAGAGGUCCAAUGUGA